AUGUAUGAAGAAAAUAUUAGUUGCUUGAGCUCCAUUCCCCCACAACACUCCGAGCGAGCUGUCAGCAUCAAUUUGUUACCAACUGAAGCUUAUGCGAACCCAAACAAUGAGGGACUUCCUCUUCAUUCCACCACAUACAACGCAAAGCCCUCCCAACCUGUGUGUUUUCAAAAUGGAUCAGUCUAUAUACAAGAUUCCCACAAUGCGAGCAGCAACGGCAACGGCGCGGUCAAAAUUCGUAGUUUUGAUAUGAGUGAUAUGACCCUUUCGCAGGUAUACACAAUGGGGUACCGCUCUUACCUACACAAGAAACAAGCGGAUGAAUCAAUGUAUCACUUUCCGGUUGCCCCGCCGGAUUUUGAUGGGAGCGCCCCAACAAACCUUGAGGCGGUCGCACAAUAUGUGGAUAAACUAGCGGUCGCCUACAAGAGUGUUCAUAGAAUUCCUACGCCAUUUAAUAUGUAUGAGCACAUCAUCCUGGAGGCCGCGGAUAAUCUGUCAAACACUUCUAUGAAUCAAAUACAGCAAAGUAAUAACACUAACUCCCCGCCUAUUCGAAGUUUAAUCAACAAGCAUUCCCAGCUUGAUGUUCCCCCGAAGAACGAGGUACCAUCCACUGCGUUGGUCGAUCAGCAGCAGGCUACGGAGGCCUUUGUGGUGUCGCUUUCGCUCGUCAAUCUGAAGCGCAUGGGGUGUAAAGAAAUGCAACUAUUGUUUGAGAGGUUUAGGACGUCCCCUCGCGUGGCUUCCACUGUAGAUUCUGACGUCAUCACAUCAGUCUUAAUAGACUUUCACGCCAUGCUCAUGCAAGAGGAAACAUCAUGCGACAAACAAAGCCAUUUAAUCUCAUUAGUCGGCAUGUUAGUAAGCUCACGGAGCAUCAUUAAAGAGGUUCUCCAGUACCUCAAUAUCUUGGAGGAAUUUCAUGCCGCCUACUCCAACAUUUUACCCAUGUACGUGUCGUCCGCCUCCAGUAUCAUUGACGUCUUUACGCUUCAUUCGAAAUCGCUUUGCCCUAUCCUCUCCCCAAUCGACUGUUUUCAAGAGGAGGACCAGAGACUGAAAGUCAACUUAUCUGAGGGAACGACCAUGCAAUGCUUUUGUGUGAGCGCCGAUGGCUAUCUGCUUGCUGCUGCGACGCUCAGGGGUUUGGAAGUGUACGAAGUAGCCUCCGGCCUUCCGAUCGCAAAUAGGGAAUCCGGUGCCCCUGAAGGCUCCAAGAGCUACUGGACCAUCACCUUUUCGGAGGAUUUGUCGAAACUUAUCUGUUCAGAUGUGGCUGGUCUCAAUCACACGAUCUAUACAUCUGACUUGAAUGUAGUUGAGGAGAUACGCACCAGUGAGGUGUCCAUCCCGCUUGAUUAUAAAAACGGUGUGAUGGAAAUGUUGACAUCGCCGCUACUACCGAGUGGAAGCAACCGAUCUUUGUAUUUCUUUGAACCUGGAUCUUGCCUGGCGGAGAUCGAAUUAAUCACUGGCGACGAGAAGGAAUCCUUCACCAUGUGUGUACAUGUCCAUCAAGACUUUGAGGGAACCCUAGCGCAUUUCUUUACCGAAAGUGGUGAUAUUAUAGUGAGCGUCACGAGGUGUUGUUUUAGGUUUACCCAAAACGGGGUCUCAUGCUACGGCAUCGCCUCGAGCAGCUCCCCGUGGCUUUACGUGCACGCUCGAUGGCAUAAGGGAACGUGGUCGUUGGAUGUCAAUACGGCCAUUGUUGACCUUGCCGGGGCGCGUAAUGACCAGCAAAAGUCUCUUAGGAUUCACAAGGUGCUGUGUUUGGAUGGACUGGGGCAUGUGGGGUCUUUUGCACUGUGGUUGGACGCCGACGAUGCGGGGGUGGUGGCGAUGUAUCGGAGGGAGCGGCGACUGGAGUCCUGCAAUGCGCUUGUGAAUUUUCCCUUGGACGAGGGGAUAGGAAUGUGGGUGAAGGAAGCCGUAUCCUGCAUGGCCUUUACGAUCUCCGAGACUCAAUGUGCAUGGGAUGAGAAUAUUCUCGUCCCAUGUCUUUCGUCAGCUGAAGAGGACCCCCUGGAAAGACAGUUAACUGUUUGUAUGGAUCCUAAGCUACUCCUAGAAAGCAGGAUUCUGACAAGUCGCUUUAAGGUAUACAUGAUUCUUCCUUCACACGUUAAGGGAGGAGAUGAUGUUGUGGUGCUAGUUGAUCGUGCUGCCAAGAAGAUAACUCGGAUUUCCCACUGCCCUAGGUCAUGCUCAGAGAACAUCUAUGCCCUGUUGUCAGAUGAGUCCAAACUGUUUGUGUACCAGCAGCGUUUUUCAACCUUUAGCUCCAUUCGUUUACAUUCUAUGCAGUGUAAACUGAACGAGCUGGAUAAAAGCGGUCUCCUCGACGUUGAUUUACCCGCUAAUUCUGUUCGUUGGCUUCGGCAUGAGUGGUACAAAAAGAUAUAUCUCGAGGUUUUUGAAUUACACCGCAUUCCUCUUGCUAAUACACCACUCUCCUUCACGAAUCUUUUUGCGCUGGCGGAUUCUUUCCUGAAUGUCAAAGCGAACACUGAUAAGCUAUACGUGGUAGUCAUCCUCUCCCUAACGCUGGUUCAUUUUCAGAUGCUUAUCUCAGCCGACGAGACGCAUAUCUCCAAGGUGGCCACCCUAUUGAAGAGUUGCUGUAAAAAAAUAAUUGACAUGUUCCCCGAAAACAUUAUUAGCGAAACUGCACAUGAGCUUCUAAAUGCCGCAACCAGCAAGUCUCUUACACUCAAUGACAAGGUACAGGCACUUCUUGAUCCCGACAUGGAGCGUAGUAUGGCCACCCUCAAAGUGUACGUGACGAAAGAAUCCCUUUUCACCCUCAUCCAUCACAUCGUCACGAACUCGCCGGCCAUCCUUACCGAUGUCGCGCGGCGGCUGAUAGUGAUGUCGAGAGCGGAGACGACAUCCUUAAACCGAGCGGCUGCACAGCCUAUCACGCAGCUCAUGACGAACUUUGUGCUUGUAUGUGUGAAGGAGCUGAUGUCAUACGAUAAAUUUAGUGAAAUUUCACAAUUGGUCGAGCUUUUUGUCGAAUUCGUUCAGCAGGAGCUUCCCAAGGCAGGAUCAGGCGCACCGAUGCAGAACACAAUUCUCUACACAGGAUGCAUCCCCCUUUUCAUCGCUGUUGCACAUUUUUGUCCGUGGGUGUUGACCAAUAAAAUUGAACAAAGUUUCCUAAGUAUUCUGCAUGAGUUGAAAGGAAAAGUUGGAAGUGAAGAGACGGUUAGCUUCACUACUCGUGAGGCGUGCUACGUGUUUCCCCCGCACCGCGAGCGCGAUACGAUGUGGCGAUUUGUUAUUGAUUUUUCACACGCAAACAGCGUAGCCGUACAAAAAGAGUCCGACAUGCCACCGUUGAGCAUUAUUCGUAGCGAUAGUACCACCUUUCAGAGAAGCAAAAUUGAAAUGAGUCGCGAACGAACCUUUUUGAAGUUGGAGGGCGGGAGACUCGCUUUUUUCGGUUACGGGGAAAACAACUUCACCAUCAACUCCCAGUUCGAUUUUAGCGUUCUGACCUCGUGGGAAAGCUUGCUCAGCGACUGCGUUCACAAUCUCCUGGUAUCUCUCGCGCGUCAUUUGAUCCAUAAACCCAAAGCAAACGACACGAACGUUCCCCCUAUAAUGCGACAAGGUCUCAAUGCCGACACUCUUCGCCGUCAUGACAUCAAUUUCGAUAGUAGGGAAAUCCACCACUUUACUUUCGCGUUGGAUAUCUUGAACAACGUGGGAGACGGCAGAGCAUUUGUAGAUCAGGUCUAUCAGAGUAUGCGGGGGAGUAUAAUACCUUCAAUGCGGCCGGCAAUCCAGGCUCUUCUGGCGAUUCUCAUCCAUGCCGGCGUCAACGCACAGCAGGCGGAGGACGAGCUCAAACUGCGCUGGUUUAGUGGUGAAUGGGGUGUGAAGCUCCAAGGUCCUAGCCGGGACGCCACGCGGACCUUUUUGAACGACUUCGCGAAUUGGUUCAUCAAGUCGAUUUGCUAUCAGAUGGAAGGGAUGACGGUUGCGUUUCGUCGUGGCUCAUGCGAUCGUCGGCUGGAAAACUCAUUAAAUAACUCUCGAUCGAUUUCUGAGCGUCAUCGCUCCACCAGCUCCCGUCGGAGCAUCUUCAAGCACUCCCAGCAGUCUGAAACCUUAGACCAACUCAAAACGCUGCUUGCGCGAGAGAUGACGCCGUUUGCGCUGGAGGAGAUCCUUGUGGAACGCACACAGGCAGCAAUUAAAAUGGUACAUUGCAUCUCACUUCUGAGGAGUCUCCUUCGCUUGGAGGACACUGAACAGGCUUCCGAGGUGUCUAUGCUUGCCAUACUGGAUGUCUUGUCGAUUUUUGUGAACGUAGACAGUGGGUCGCACUACAUCGAAAGUCUCAAUGGGGCGGGGUUUGAUUUGCAGAUGCAGGUGCGCACGGAGCUACACAGCGUCCUGAUGCAGUGCCAAGAGCUUUUGAUUGGGAAAUGUCAGAAUAAUAUUGCCCCCCAGGCGGUUCUAACCGAACGUGCUACCAACGGCCUGGCCACAAUGCAGCUACUGAGCAUCUUGUGUCACCCCUUUGACGCACUAGACGCAGAAAUCUUUAACGCAAAUUUCGGUAACGAAAAUGCUUUGCUCAAGUAUUUGGAGAACCAUAUUUCUAUUCUCACGAGUAGCCUAAUGCUUAUGAAUCCAUGGGAUCUGCACAAAGAUACGGGAACGGAUUUGUCGGCACCCGAGGAGCGGGAACUCCGCUUUGAGCCCAUGGGAGAGGUUGAUUUGUACUCUAUUAGCUACAUCUAUCCCAACGACUUUACAAUUGUCAUUCCGCAGCUUCUAACAUCUCGAUCAGAGGAGGGUGUUUUAAUUGAAAACAACAAUAUCAACAGUGUUGAGCUUAGUGCAGACGAAGGGUGGCCACUUACAUGGAAGGAUGGCAUGCCGCGUGUCUUCUACUAUGAAGUGAAGAUCAAGUCUUUGGUGUGUAAAUUGGAUGUAGGACUCACUGUGUCGAGGCUAAACUUUGGCGCGAUAAGGCUAGAUUCGCUUUAUUUCUAUAGCAGCUCAGGUGAUACACAUAGCAUUUCAUUCCCGAUGUUCAGUGAAGACGACACGGUUGGCUGCGGAUUUAUCUCAACAAACCGACGUAUCUUUUUCACGCUAAACGGUGUGCUUCUGGGUCUCAUGGACACUGUGCCCGAGAAACAGGACAUCCUUUUUCCAACGUUGCGCUUCAGUGAACGAUCUGGGGCAAAGGUGCUGGUGAAUUUUGGCACUUCAACCUUUGUGUAUGACUAUCAGCAGCUACAUCCUGCACUAAAUCUGAGGAGGGGACCGACAUGGUACCGUGUAGCCUCCACCGCGGCAAUCACACUUCACCACAUCGCUGCGUGCGCCUGUCUGAUGCAAGAAGUGCGAAAAUCAAGUGCUAGUGUUUUUUUAACGCACUGCUUUGAGGUUGUAUGCCAAAAGGUGAACAAGGUCACAACAUUCCUUAUGAACACAGGGAUUGGAAGUACCAACCACACAAACUCCUAUAUUCGCAUCAAGCAGUCCGUCAUCUUUGCGGUUGCGGAGUAUUCAAUUAUGCUUCUCAUCGCCACCAUACGCCAUAUCGUCAACACGGGUGCGCUGUACAAUCCUCUACCGGAAGUAGUUGGGGAGAUGAUCUUUGAUGCUGUGUCGGUGCUGAUGCUGCUACCACUGCGUUUAACACAGGUCGCGAUCAUCAGUAUACUACCGGAAAUUAUCCCACACGUUCGUCAUCAGCCCGAUGGCACCGCCUUGGCCAAUCUGGUUCGUACCCUAUUCCGUCAUGCCAACGACCCCGUGGCGGAGGCUGUUUACACGAUUCCCUUUACGCCGACGUGGUGCGAGUGCGACCCGCGAUCCAUGUCCAUUGUUAAUGUUCAAUCCGCCUGCAUGAACCCCGAGUCUCAGCGCAGUAUUGUUCUUGGGAAUGUGCUCCCCCGAACCGGCGUGGUGUCCUUUUCGGUUAAGAUUAGCCGCCGGAACAUGUCCAAGGGGCACUCCCUUAAAGGGGGUUACUUUAUCGGCGUGUCGGUGGCCAGGCUCAGUCCGCUUUCUCCGACAAGCAAUUCCCAAUCCUGGAAGACGGUGAAGCCACCGAUUGUGUGGGCCAUGCAUGAUACUUCGCCCCAGCUUCCGCACGCCACUAACCCCAUCGUCAAGGCGAACAACUUCCAGCGCACGUUUGGUAAUGACGACAUGAUUCGCGUGGUGGUGGACUGCGAUAACCGCACCGUCGACUUCUACCGCGAUGACGAGCUACUUAGGACGCUUUUUAGCAACCUUCCCGCGGAUAUCGACCUCGUCCCGUUUGUUCAGGUUUACAACGAUGACGCCUCCGUGACGAUCUACCCGGGUGAGAUGACGUCCCCUAUUUCAACCUCGACCCUCCUCAGUGCGGCGUCCGUCGACGUGCUUCGGGCCAUGCUAAUGUUGGAGCCAUUUCAGUUCUUGGUGGCAAAGGGGAUUUGUAAUGAGCUCGAUAUGCACGCCUACCCUAAAGUUACCUUGGCGCUUUUUAACAGCUUACCCGAUCGGCGCAUGCUGCAGUUGCGCAGUCGCACCGGCGAGGAGUUCUUCAUUACUGUAAGCCGAGUCGGGGAUGUGCGGUGCAAAUUCUCCGUCGGUAACGAGGCGAAUUAUGAGCACCUUUACAACCUCCACACCCCCGCUAACCCAAAGAUCACGUGCUCGUUGGAUACACAGAUCUUGUCUGGCUCUUCGGGCGGGUUGGGAUUAUGCAUCGAAAGGCUCGUGGCAGCUGUGCGUCGUAUCGUGCUUCCGUUUAUCACAACCCAAGCACUGUCAGCUCUCGAGCAUGAGCAGCGUUCGAAGAUCAUCGAUGAGGAAAAGGAACGCUGGGAUUUCCUCUUUCAUGGCCUGCGAAUCGGCAGCUUCAUCAACAUCCAGCGUAGCUCGCAGGUGAAGAAAAUUAUCCCGACGCCUCAUAUUCCGAUCGACUAUACGUUUUCGGCCGCGAUGUCUCAUCCGAGCUUCUGCAUGCCGAAAACAUAUUGUGGUAGGCUGGCCACCAUCCCAAGCGGAUCCGAGAACGUCACAACUCCCUUUAUCACCAUCGCUGAUCCGGCUGUUCCGUCUCAGGGCACGUUCAGUAUUCGUUGCCAGCUGAUUCGUGGCCAUAACGGGCAAAUCCUUGGUGGGGGCUACUACUUCGGGCUCUGCACCUCGACAUUUAAUUGGAAGCGCAAGGAUCUAAACAGUGGUGUCCCCGAGGUAUGGGCUAUUCAUGACAUGGACGACUCUCCAUGGCGUUUACGUCAUUUCAGCUCCACCUGCACCCUGCCAAUGGCGGCGGAUCCUCGGUGUGUGAUUGUGAGCGGGGAUAUUAUACGCUUGGAGAUCAACCGUGACGAAGGAAUUAUGCGUGCCUUCCGCAAACCUUUCGAUAGCGAGGAAAUCAGCUUUGGGAUCAUUUUCGACAACUUACCUACUGGAAAUCUUCAUCCCUUUGUCCAUCUCUUCAACGUGGACUCGGUUGCGGUUCUAUUACCUUCGAAAAAUACCGAUUCUGCCCUGCGCUUUACGGUUCAACAACCACUCUUCUCAACCUACUCUUUUAAUGAGCGUCGCUACUGCGACGGCUGCGCGGCACAGCACCUAGAGUCGCGCCUGAGUAAGCAAUGGUACAAGUGCGUCGAUUGCGCGGACUACGCCCUUUGCAAGAGCUGUUUCGAUCUUUGUGUUCAUUCCCAUCAUACUUUUACUGAUAUGGGGACUUAUUCUCUGGUACACACCAAACACACACCGACCAAAAUAACGAAAGGGAUGCAGGUGGUGAUUCCGGCCACGAGUUGUAUGUACCUCCGCAGCAAUGGGUGUCGUAUGGAUGAAGGGUCCAUCAAUUGUGUCGCCGAGUCGAUUGAGGAUAACAGUUUUGCUAUAUGGGGCUUGGUAUUCAAAGAUCGGACCCACUUUACGGCAACAAUCGAGACACUUGACAAUAGGCCACUAAGGGCGGAUCGCCUCGUGUUUAUUGGAGUGGGCCUAACCAAUGAGAUUAUGCAGCUUUCCCGCGGAAAAUUGCUGAACAGUUGCUUUUCUCCAUCUUCGUCGGUUUUGACGUACUGCAACUAUUAUUCAAUGAGACGCGAGAUCAACAGCGAGAACCGCCACUCGCACGGUUUUGAUAAUGGAUCAACUAUUACGGUUGAGUUGGAUGUUGUCAAAAAGACAGCAACGUUUAUUCGAGACUGGAUUGUUAUCGACACGUGCCCCAUCGAGUUCUUGACCUCGGUAUCCAACCACCAUCUUGCGCUUUGUUUCUUUGUAGUUUUUGAGAAGAAGGGUGUUAAAGUUGUGAUCAGGCCAGAAAGUGGAAUGACUAUGAUUGCUCGUGUGGAGGAAGCAAACGGAAGCAUAGUCAAAGUUAGCGCUGGGGAUUCAGGGAUUCGGUAUGUUACUCCUGAAAACUGUCGCCUGCCGCUUCAGCAGUGCAAUAUGGCGCCAGAAAUAGGGAGACUGGGCUAUAUUUAUAUUGAUAAGCGUAUGGUGCAGUGCCUUCUAGUGGGCAUGGAAAAUGGAGAAGCCAAGCUAUGCUUGGCUAAAGAUGACUCUGUGCACAAGGUUCCUCUUUGCCAUUUUCUCAUCGACGAAUACAAGGCCAUCGCUAAUGAGCAUCUUAUUCAAAAAGAAUCUGACGAGAAUGGCGCGACGUUGUUGGAUGGCUUUGUUGUUUCGCGACUGCUCCUAAUCUUGUCUUGUCUCUGUGAAAAUGAACCGCUUUCGCCUCUGGUCAUUCAGCACGGUACAGAGCUGAUCAAUCUCAUCAAAGGUUUAGCUUCUGUUCAGAUAAACAACUAUACCCCGCUCAAUUUUCUCAAUGAGGUUCGCACCCUAAUAGCAGAAACGGCAAAUACUGUUCGAUGGAUCAACCCUUCACAACGUCUUGGAUAUUUUGUCCCGACGCUCGGGAUCGACGACCGAAAGCGCCGGUUCAAGCCGGGAAUGCUUGUUGAGUGCAUCACCACAGGGUCCUCAAAAGAUUUUUACAAAGUAGUUGUACGGAAAGGCGAAAUGUUGACGCUGGUGAAUCUAGAGACAUCGGAGUCAGUGGAGAUAUCUUACAAAAAUUGCAUUCCGGUCAAACAAUCUAAUGGAAAGCCAUGGUACAGCGUGAGUAAUGGUCUGCCUUGCAGCUUUCGGGAGCGCACGAUUCGACUGACGCAAUCAAUUUCUGAGUUUCAAAGCGUCUCGAUCAAGGGAAUCUGGCAAGGCGAGUUAGUCUUUCCUAAAUUAAAAGCUAUUUUAUUCGAUCUAACGCUGCAGAACAGUGGAACUGGUACCGCAUUUUUACACAUUCAUGGCCAGAAGAUUGGGUAUCAAGCCAUCUACGGGCAUAUCGAAUAUCAACGCAUUGUUUACCUAUGCUUAACACGCAACGACCCUUCUGGUACCAAUAAGGCAUAUCAACUAAUUAACACAGAAAAUAUUGUAUCCUAUGUACGGCGGAUGCACCAAGUGAUGAGUGCGCUGGCUCUUUCGGAUGUUACCGAUUGCUAUAUGGCAGAAUUGAGCAUCGAUGCAGAGGGUUUGUGUAUGAGUGGUGUGUGCUGUAAUUCAAAUAGUAAAACUGGUAGCCUGGUGUGCUACUGCCCCGACCGUCCACAGCUGAUAUCAAGCUAUACGGACAUGGCGCACAUUGAACCGCUGCCCGACUGUGUCGAUACAAUUACCAUGGCAAAACCAUUGAGAGAUCUCAGCGAAACGAUGCACCGCCUCGUGAUUCUUCUUGCACGCCACCUAUACCUGCUUAUUUGCAGCAAAAAAAAUAUCAUUUCUAAAGAGCUUGUGGAAAACGUCUUUCUCUUCAACACACAUCCACUCACAGAUCGAUUGGUCACCAGUUUUGUGGGUAUUCCGCAGCUGUUCUUUAUGGUUUGUGAUGCCUCUCAACGGAUUACAAAUCCUGACGUUAGGCCAUGGGACGCGGCAACGCUUUCGACUCUCAUUACCAAGACCCUUCUUCUGCGGCCGGAGUCAUUGGCCAAAGCCCCGGAAAGCCUAAUCUGGGAUUCGCUUCACGCCGUUGUGGUGGCAAUGCAUCGCUGUGGGAGCCAGUUCCGACAUAAUAUUAUGCGGAAAGUGACCGCCUUCGUACGAAGCCAUCGCGAUAAUGAGCAAAAGAUAUAUUGGCAGCUCUUUAGUGCACUGGUGACCUACUUUGACCGCAACGUUCUUUCCUCCACGACGCGGUCUAAUGACAUGCACAAAGAUAUCGCAGCGGGGGUCGAUCUCAUUUUAAACUUCAAGGCGCAAGAGCCAUGGCAUCUGCGUAAUAUCCCCACGCAGCCUUUGCAUUGCUUGGUGGAUAUUUGGCAGUCCUUAGUGGAAGAACGACCACUCCCUUAUGUGGUUGACGAAACCAACGACCAUCAUGGGGACAAUGAGCUCCACGUGGACGUGGUUUGUGCCUUUGGGGAUUAUAGCGAUGAGGAGCUCAAGGUGGGGAAGGUCAUGAGUUCCAUCUCAGCAGUCCUUUCUGGGCAAUACUACUACGAAGUCAUUCUCCCAGAUCGGCUUAUUAGUCCAUUUGCAGUGGGGUGGGGUACGCAAGCGCAUUGCGAAGUACCAAGUCAACACGUUGGGAGUGAUCGCACCAGUUUCUCCUUCAACGGAAGCGAGGUCAGCACCAAGGACACCAAGGAGGAUUACAAAAUCACGCAAGAGAUCACCCCUGGUUGUGUGUUGGGGUGUCUUCUCAGGAUGGAAGAGCAGGUUGUGGCUUGGUCCAUUAACGGCACGAUCGGGCCUUUUAUCCCCAUCCCCAUUGCACUUGGCGAUAAGGGCUUGUAUGCGUUCGUAUCGACUGGGAUAUGCAGUGGGUUGCGGGUGCGUCUGCGGGCCAGCGAGUUUGAGUUCGUGCCCGAUGGUUAUACCGAUCUGGCGGGGCACUACACACGCGUUUUGAUUGCGAACUACGACGAAUCCGUCCGCAGCAGUCUUCCCGUCCAAAACUUGUCUUUUUACAGCCAGAUCGCGUCCUACCUCUCGGAUCUCACAGAAUACAAAAAAGAGGACAAGAAGAGCCUGGAGGCCUCGAUGUCCGCCACGUUCAUUCUACGACUCGCCGCAACCAAUUUGUUCCUUCCAAAGUAUUCGGCCCUUAUAGGGUUGUCCGAGGGUGAGUUGAAGGGGUACGAGCGCGUGAUUGAAACCGUCGAGAGCUGCAUGGCCACCGCGAGUCGUUUUGUUGACCUUGACAGCGACGUCAUCAGGGGGACGCUUUCGGUGGCCUUUUUGUACCUCAAACCUUUGGUACGGCGUUCGUUCCGCCAGAAACUCCUCAUCAAUAUCCCUGGAGUCGAGAAGGCGACGUCGCCAUCGUCCAUUUCCAUCCGCAUCACCGAGCUCUUUUCCACAUUGCCACGAACCCCUGAUGUCGCCCUCCACUACACGGUCCUUUCGCAGCUUUAUCGUCAGAUCGGAGGAUUUACCGAGGAGCAAUGGUCCCAGAGCCCGCUUUUUAAGGUGAACCUCUACAUCAGCGGCUCCGGGCACGCACCCAUUGACAUGGGUGGGCCUUAUCGCCAAGUAUGGACGUUUCUAGCGGAGGAACUUGUGAGGCAUCCGGAUAAAUGCUACCCCCAUUCCGAUUUUCAUCGAAAUCCGCUUUUUUGUUUUGUGGACAACUCACAGAGGGUGUCACUUGUGCCUGACAGCCUAGCGAACUCGUCACUGGAGUUGGCUCUGUUCAAUUUCUUUGGGAAAAUCAUGGGCCAUGUUGCGAGGGCUCACCUUCCAUUGAAUAUCGAUUUUUCCCCAUUCCUUUGGAAAUUUUUGGUCGAUGAUGUCCUCACCGUCAAGGACUAUUAUAAAUACGUCGACAGCGUCGUGGAGAAUAGUAUGGAGGAUGAUAACUUCCUUCUGAGCGGUGUAGCGGAGGAGAUUAUUCCUAACUUUGCUGAAAAUAUCAUGUGGCUGGAUGAGGAGGAUCUCAAAGGGGAAAAACUUAUCAAUCAUCGGCGUCGCAUUGCGGAAAACUGUCUUGUACAUUCUAUGGAUGAACAGCUGAAUGCCAUACGCAGUGGGUUAUGGACUACUUUACCCCGCCGAGUUGUGCGUUGCCUAUCAUGGUGUGAUCUCGAGAGACUAGUAUGUGGUGAAAGCAAUCCCAGUACUAAAGAACUAAAACGUUAUAUACACACACAGCUAAAUCCAACGUGUGAGAAGUACUUUUGGGAAAUAUUGGAGGAGUUCACUGCGGAGGAAAAGGCUGCAUUACUUUGCUUCGCCUCAGGCCAGCGCCGUCUACCACUUAUUCGGCAGAUUAUUAUACAAGAAAACAACGAAAGUCUGGAGCACUUACCACGUGCUCAAUCGUGUUCAUCUCUUAUAACUAUACCUCCUUAUACUUCGUUGGAAAUGUUUCGUGAGAAGUUACUUUUAGCCUUACAACAUCAAGAUGAGAUGGAAUUGGCGUGA